CAGGCUGCUGCUUCUGGCGGCCCGCGAGAAGCGCGAACGCGACACCCUGCCAGGGCAUUCGCUGGGCCGCCUGCCAGCCGACCUCAUCAGAGGGCGGAUCUUGAGUUUCCUGCUGCCGCCGCGGGCGCCGGCGAUUCAGGACCGGGGCCGGUCGAUGAGACCGUCGCGCGGAUCCUGCAGCACGGCGAGGACGAGGACAGGGACGUCGUGGCCCUCCUCGCGCACUUCAUCAUGUUUUCGCCGCACGCCAUCUGGCCAAGGGUUUCCGCCUUCGGCUUCUCCCUCGUGGAGGCUGUGUUGCUGAACCUCAACUCCUGCCAGGAGCGGGAGGUGUACACCGCCGCGUCGGUGCUGGCCACGCUGGCGCAGAGGAUCGAGGCCGGCAUGGGCGCCGCUGGCUCUCCGGAGUUUGCCCGGCUCUGCAGAGAGGACAUCAGGCUGAUCAGACGGUUGGCCGACAGGCUGCGCGAGAGCUGGAGCGGCGAGGAGGACAUUCGAGUCGGGCAUCGCCAACGGGGUCCCGGCCAUUUCCACGUUCGUCAGUUGCCGAGUGCAGGCCGCGCUGGAGAAGACCAGCCGGGUCCAGGCCAAGGCCCAGCACUCGGUCGAGUCGGUGGCAGCGUGACCCCGACGGCGUCGAGCCCCGAGCCCUGCCGGCGCUAUCUUGGCCAGCAGGCUGCCGCGCUCGUUGUGCCGCACCCGCGUCUAGUCUCAUUGUCCGGCCGCCUUCGGCGCAUCGAGCCCUCACGUCACCCUUUCUUUUCGUCGUUCGUCUCUUCUUGGUGCGCCGGCUCGGCUGAGUGACCAGGCUUCCUCGCAGCGGCUCCGCCCAGAACUGGCCCUCGGGCCCUGCGAAGCCCCAGGGCUCGAUCGAUCUGUGCUCUCGGGGCGACCCCGGCGCGCGCCAGCCGCGCGCGCCCCCCUCGGAUAGGUUUUCGCGCCCCUCCCCCCCGGUCGCUCGGAAAAAGAGCGGCCGCGCUCGCGGGGCCGGCCGGGCGGCGGGGGGUGCACCGUGCGCACCGGAGCAGCGGAGCGUGCACCGGCUACGGAGGG